AAACCUCAAGCCGAGCUCACCUGUCUGUCAGCUGCUCUCAGUAACUGUGUGUUACAUCCAGAUUUCAAGGAGAGAAGCUGUUUGUGAAAUGGCCUAUUUCGGACCUUCUCUUUUUAGGGGAGUUGACCUCCACCCUAGGAACAACAACUUCCUGCACCACACCAGCGAGAUCUCGGUGGAUCAGCUGAUCGUGAGGCGAGGUCAGCCCUUCAAACUGACCCUGAAUGUGACGCAGCCUUUCGAUCCUAAACUGCACCCGCUGCUCUUCACUGCAAAGACAGGAUCAAUUCCAACGGAGAAACAGGGGACGCUCUCACUCUUCGGCGUCCAAGAUGUGGUGACUCGCUCCCCAUCAGCGAAAGGAGUAUGGAGGGCGGAUCUUCUCAAGGACUCCUCCCCGCACACUGUGGUCCUCAACCUCACCCCACCUGCUGUCACCCCUGUGGGGGAGUGGAUCCUCGCUGUGAAACUUGGCGGGGAGGAGAAGCUGCUGGGGAAGCUGGUGGUGCUCUACAACUCCUGGUGUCCCGAUGACUGGGUGUAUCUGAAAGAUGAGAAGGAGAUAAAUGAGUAUGUGCUGAAUGAGCAAGGAGUCAUCUUCAAAGGCAGUAAUAACUACAUUUCCUCUAUGGACUGGGACUUUGGACAGUUUGAGGACAACAUGGUGAAGAUUUGUUUGAGGAUUUUGGACCUUAACCUCAAACAUGGUAAAGACCCUGCUGACGAUGUUUCCGCUCGCUGUAACCCCAUCUACGUCAGCCGUGUGGUCAGCGCCAUGAUCAAUUCUGUUGAUGAUCGUGGGGUCCUGGUGGGAAAUUGGUCAUCUUCAUAUUCUGGUGGCACCAACCCCACUAAGUGGAGCGGAAGUUACCCCAUCCUGCAGAAAUGGUAUAACCAUGGAUCAAAACCCGUCAAGUACGGACAGUGCUGGGUUUUCGCCGGGGUCAUGUGCUCAGUGAUGCGCCUGCUGGGCAUCCCCUGCCGUGUGGUCACCAACUUCCAGUCAGCCCACGACACCAACGGAAAUCUGACCAUUGAUGAGUACCACGCCGACAACGGAGUCAUACUGAAUACUUCCAAUGAGAGUGUUUGGAACUUCCAUGUGUGGACGGAGGCGUGGAUGAGGCGGCCUGAUCUUGCAAAUAAUGGAACAUAUGACGGUUGGCAAGUUCUGGAUCCAACACCACAGGAGGAGAGCAACGGUGUUUACUGCUGUGGUCCUUCCCCGGUGAAAGCCAUCUUAAAUGGAGGGACGAACCAAAAAUAUGACACCCCAUUUGUGUUCGCUGAGGUCAACGCCGACUGUGUCGCCUGGCUGGUCAAAGCUGACAACUCAAAGGUGAAAAUCUCAACUGACACAAGAAGGGUGGGUCAAUAUAUCUCCACCAAGUCGGUCGGUUCAAGGAGGAGGAAUGACGUCACCGACAGUUACAAACACAGAGAGGGAUCAGAGAAGGAGAGGGCUGUCUUUAAAUACGCCAAAACCAAAGAUUACUCCAAAGUUGAUGAUGACGAGGAGUUGGGGAUGGUUGGAGUGAUGGAGAAUGACGAGGAGGACGAUCAGACAGAGGACAAUGUUAAUGUUGAAGAGACAGAGGGCGACCAGAGUGAAGAGGAAGAAGAUGAUGAGAGUGGAGAGGAGGAUGACAAAGAGGCGGGGAAUGGGACCACAGGAAGUACUGAUGCAGUUACCAUGCAUUUUGAAGAGGUGACUCCGCCGAGGAAUGGUAAGGAUGUGAGGCUGAGGCUGGUGCUGCGUAGUGAGAGCCGCUCCAUCAGGUCGCUCUCCGUCAACAUCAGCGUUCAGGCCAUGAGGUACAAUGGUGUACCGACGGUGAACAUCCAAACAGUGGUAAAGGACAAGAUACUGCUGCCCAGGAGAGUUUUGAUCAUCCCGAUCCGAGUCCCGUUCUUGGCUUACCAUAAGGCCAUGGUGGACUGUUUCAGCUUGAAGGUUUCAGCUUUGGUCAUGGAUAAAGAGAGGCCCAACACCGCCUACCUGGCUGAGGACAAUGUCGUGCUGAUCGACCCCCCCAUCUCCCUCACGGUUUCCAGGAAUGUCAAAGCGGGACACAGGAAAAGAGCGGAGGUGACUUUCCUGAACCCGACAAACAAUGAGACGCUGUGCAACUGCACUCUGACCAUCUCCGGAAGUGGACUGAUGAGGGACGAGGUGGUGUUCAGGAUGCCAGACUUGAAGCCAAAGAACCGUAUUCGUGUCAUGUUCUCUUUCGUUCCCUACAAGUCCGGUAAGAGGACUCUGGUGGCCGACUUCGACUGCUCCACCUUCAGGGACAUCAAGGCCAGUCGCAUCAUCAACGUCCAGCCGUAAACUCUUUACGAAACAAAUCGUCAGGUUUAUAAUUCUUUAUGAGGCGUUUUUACUUUCAAAUCAUUCGGGGAUUUUCAGAAGGAAGACCAAAUUGGUUUUAUUCAAUGGGGGCUACAGUAUUUACAAAAAGUAGCUGUAUGUACGACUAUCAACUGUGAUUUUAACUGAGACAUGUUUUCUUUCCACUUUGCAUCAUGGCCUUUUCCUCGGUACUGCUACUAAUCCUGUUGUGGUGUUAAAUAUUGGUAUAAUGGAAAGAUGCUAAGUGCUACUUAGCUCAGGGAAAUUUAAUGGAAAGUGUAUACAGUUGUAGAAGUCACUUUACUUGAAAUUGCAACAUUUUAACUUUACAAAUGUAACAAACAAUGUAAGCCUGUAAUCAUGUAUACUGAUUAAAAUCAGGUAAAGCAAGCUGCUCCCCACGAGGCAUAAACACAAAUACAAUUAAAAUGUACAUUUAUCAUCUCAAAAGAACAUUACUGUUAAAAGAGUCGGACUGUGAAACCCUUACACUUGGCACCGCCCUGGUUCCUCCAACAAAAAGCCUUUUGAUAAUUGCAUGAUAAUUAACAUGUGCAACAUUAUCCAAGAAAUGUGGGCUGGGUUCACAGAUGAACACCACUUACUUGAUUUUCAAAGCUUACAUCUAAAAGUAGAUACACAUUUUGAACUCUUAUAUACAACUUUUAUCUUUAGAGGGAUGUUCAGGGUCCAAUUUGAACUUUAGUCUCAAUCGCUUAGCUUUAAUUGCACCAUGAAAUCCAUGUAUCAAUCAUCUAUCAAUGCUCGGACCUGCUCCUGAUGAAGUGUUGCGCAUUCAAAUGAUGUGAAAGCGGGACUGCAUCUUUUUAUAUGGUGUAUCAAAGUCAUAAUCACACAAAUAAAGAUAAUUGAAAGCCA